AUGUUUGCUGUUCCAAUAAAUCCACCUCCAAAACCUCUUAAGUCCAUUCAAUUUGUGAAAGAUGUUAAAGGAAAAAUCAGAUGCCUCAAGAGUCUCAUGACCAACAAGAGAGCUCAAGUCCCGGAGCAUAUGGCGCUUCUCACAGAUCUCAUUUGCUUUUUCCAAACAAUGGUGGAAUGUGCGCAUUUUCCUGCCACUACGGAAAACUUGAAAAGAUUCAAGUAUGGAGAGCAAGUUUGCAAGAUGCUGGAGAUGGUUGUGAUUCGAGUUAUUCAAGGAGAGUCCCCGGAGGAAGCAUGGAAAGUUGUUAAGGAGACAGCCAGCAACGAAACACAAUCUUCCUAUUGCUAA